AUGUCACCUUCCUCUGCUAGUACUGAAUCUGCUAUAAACACAACCCAUCCUGGGUCUUCUUCUACUUUUCUUACAUCUCCAUUAUUCUCAACAAAGAAGGUGAAUCUUCAGCUCAAUGAAGAUAACUACCUGUUAUGGAAACAACAAGUUUCACUCACAACUAGGAGUCAUAAUCUCCACUACCUUCUGGAUGACUCUAUUGCUGCUCCUUCAGCCACCAUUGUUGAAGAAGGCAAAGAGAUCCCAAAUCCUGAGUCCCUUACCCCAUGGGCAACAAGAUAUCGCCCUUACAUCUUGGCUACUCGCCUCAGUCAGUCCAAGUCUCCUUUCUUCCCUUGUUGUAUGCUCAAGGGUCAACGUAAAGGCAAUAAAAGUAUGCAUGAAUAUCUCACUGGUAUCAAAUCUGUUUGCGACUCAUUGGCAAGUUGUGGUGAACGAGUAUCUGAUUCGAUUCACCUAGCUACCAUUCUUGCUGGGCUUACUCCUGAGUACGAGCCAGUGAUUGAUGUAAUCACUGCUAGUCAAUAUCUUUUUACUAUUCAGCAGAUGAAUAGUGUUCUACUUGAUGCAGAGGCUCGAUAA